AUGUCCUAUACUGUUACUGCUGUAAUUGAUGAAAGUGUUGUGGUUGAUGAGAACCCUUCUGAUAGGGAACUCUUUGAGAGUACUGAGAAUGUGUUAUUACUUGAUAAAGUGAAAAUUUUGGAACUUGAAUUAUCUGUUGCUAGAAAACAAACAAUUAGGUCUGUUGAUAUUACAUUAUAUAGAAGCAUGAUUGGUUGUCUUUUGUAUUUAACUGCAAAUUGUCCAGAUAUUGCUUUCAGUGUUGGUGUAUGCUCUAGAUUUCAAUCUAAUCAUAAGGUUUCACAUCUGAAUACUGUUAAAAGAAUCAUAAAAUAUGUUAGUGGAACUUGUGAUUAUGAAUUAUUCUAUAGCAAAGAGUCAAAUUUGUCUCUUGUUGGUUUUUCUGAUUCAGAUUGGGUCGGCAAUGCUGAUGAUAAAAAAAGCACCAUUGGUGGGUGUUUUUAUGUAGGAGCAAAUCUGGUUGCUUGGAUGAGUAAAAAGCAAAAUUCUGUCUCUCUGUCUAUUGCAUAA